CGCCAUUAGUUGCAUGGCACAAACCACAUGUCUUUAGUAGGGAAUGUGAACAUGGAGGGGGAUGACCCCUCCAGGGCAACCGCCCAAGCCGCUUCUCGCCUACAACAUGGCGGCGAGAUUGGACGAGAGCCGUCAUACUCCAGCGAGUCGAGUCCCGACGAAAUAGAUGAGAAGGCCCAAGAAGAGGAGCGUGCCAGCCGAAUCCAGAGCCUGGCCCGGCAACUGACGACCGGCUCGACCGCAGGACCAGUCGAUCUGUUUCACGGAAACCGAGAUCCGCAACUAGACCCAAGUUCCGAGGAUUUCAAUCCCAAAGCUUGGUAUCGUGCCCUCUUCCAGAUCUUUUCUCGCGACCCUGAAAAGUUCCCCCAGCGGACGGCCGGUAUUGCUUUUCGAAACUUGGGCGUCUACGGCUUUGGCACGCCCACCGACUACCAAAAAGAUGUGGGCAAUGUCAUUCUCGGAGCCGUUGGAAUUGCAAAGAAUUUGCUCGGAAUCGGAAAGCGGAAGAUUCAGAUUUUGAGAAACUUUGAGGGGCUGUUGGACAGUGGCGAGAUGCUCGUUGUCCUGGGUCGACCGGGAAGUGGAUGCUCAACUUUAUUGAAGACCAUUUCUGGAGAGACGUACGGUUUCCAGAUCGACUCAGAAUCUUAUAUAAAUUAUCAGGGUAUCUCCGCAAAACAGAUGCAUGGGCAGUUUCGAGGCGAGGCCAUCUAUACCGCUGAAACCGAUGUGCAUUUUCCUCAAUUGACCGUUGGUCAAACCCUAUCCUUUGCCGCUCGCGCCCGCGCCCCUCGUCAUAGUGUUGAGGGUCUUUCCCAGCGCGAAUACUCCGAGCACAUGAAAGACGUCAUGAUGGCCAUGUUUGGUCUCACACACACUGUCAACACGCGUGUUGGAAAUGACUUCAUUCGCGGUGUCAGUGGUGGAGAGCGAAAACGUGUGAGUAUCUCGGAAGCUGCGCUGAGCGGCAGUCCAAUGCAGUGCUGGGAUAACAGCACCCGUGGCUUGGAUAGUGCCAACGCGAUUGAGUUUUGUAAAACUCUCCGUCUAUCCACGGAGCUCGCUGGUACCACGGCAUGUGUGGCAAUCUACCAGGCUCCUCAAUCCGCCUACGAUAUUUUCGACAAGGUUAUUGUGCUCUAUGAAGGCCGUCAGAUCUAUUUUGGCCAUACGACUGAAGCCAAGGAGUUCUUCACAAAUAUGGGAUUCGAAUGCCCAGACCGACAAACAACGGCCGAUUUCUUGACAUCGUUGACCAGCCCGGCUGAGCGCAUUGUUAGGCCGGGAUACGAGAAUAGGGUGCCUAGAACUCCUGACGAAUUUGCCGCUGCCUGGCAAAACAGUCCGGAGCGGGCGCAACUCCUGCGAGAUAUUGAAGAGUACGAACGCAGAUUUCCGAUUGGCGGCGAGCACUAUGAACAAUUUGUUGCGUCGAGACGAGCGCAACAAGCCAAGCACCAGUCAAUCAAAUCUCCAUACACUCUUUCGGUACCCCAGCAGGUAGCCCUUUGCAUGGACCGUGGCUUCCAACGUCUUCGGGGUGAUAUGAGUCUAACCUUGACCUCUGCCAUCGGUAAUUGUAUCAUGGCCUUGGUCAUUGGUAGUGUGUUCUACAACCUCCACGAUGACACAGGCAGCUUCUAUUACAGAGGAGCCUUGCUCUUCUUCGCCAUUCUCAUGAAUGCAUUUGCAAGCUUUUUGGAGAUCUUGACAUUAUAUGCACAACGUCCAAUUGUCGAAAAACAUGCACGAUAUGCGCUUUACCACCCAUUUGCCGAGGCUAUUUCGUCAAUGCUUUGUGAUUUGCCAAAUAAAAUCAUCACGGCCAUUGUGUUCAACCUGACGCUCUAUUUCCUGACAAACCUACGUCGAACACCGAGCGCUUUCUUCAUCUUCUUCCUCUUCAACUUUGUUGUUACGCUUACAAUGUCCAUGCUUUUCCGGACUAUUGGCUCUCUAUCGAAAACGCUUGCGCAAGCCAUGGCGCCGGCGGCACUUCUAAUUCUCGCACUGAUCAUCUUCACUGGCUUUACGAUUCCAACUCGCGACAUGCUUGGAUGGUCGCGAUGGAUCAAUUAUCUCGAUCCUAUCGCAUACGCCUUUGAAAGCUUAAUGGUCAAUGAAUUCCACCAUCGGCGCUUCCCCUGUGCCCAAUUUAUCCCGUCAAUGGGUCCUUAUGACCAUGUCGGGGCUUUGAAUCAUGUUUGCUCUACGACUGGAUCUGUUCCUGGUCAAGGGUUCGUGGAAGGCGACGCCUAUAUCAAUACCAGCUUUAAGUAUUACAGGAAGAAUCUCUGGAGGAAUCUUGGCAUUCUCUUUGCCUUCAUGGUGUUCUUCUGUGGCGUCUAUCUUUUCGCAACCGAGUACGUCGCUGCUCAGAAAUCAAAGGGUGAAGUUCUUCUGUUCCGACGGGGCCACAAAUCGGCAGUCACGAAGAAACGGUCUGUCGAUGAUGAAGAAUCGGCGGAGCAUGUGGCAACCUCUCCUGGCGCAGCAGUUGAAAAAGGCGGACAUGGCUCAGAAGACGCCGUUGCCACGAUCCAGAAACAAACUGCCGUUUUCCACUGGUCAGAUGUGUGCUACGACAUCAAGAUCAAGGGCCAACCUCGAAGAAUCUUGGAUAAUGUGGAUGGAUGGGUCAAACCUGGAACACUGACCGCUUUGAUGGGUGUUUCGGGCGCCGGCAAAACAACGCUUCUAGACGUACUCGCUACGCGUGUAACCAUGGGAGUUGUUUCGGGUGAGAUGCUAGUAGAUGGUCAACAUCGCGAUGCAUCCUUCCAACGUAAAACUGGUUAUGUUCAACAGCAAGAUCUACACCUUGCCACAAGCACCGUUAGAGAGGCUCUUAAUUUCAGCGCACUUCUCCGCCAGCCCGCUAGUACGCCACGAGCUGAAAAACUGGCAUAUGUCACUGAGGUCAUUAAACUUCUGGAGAUGGAAGAAUAUGCCGAUGCCGUCGUUGGUGUGCCAGGUGAAGGUCUCAAUGUCGAACAACGCAAGCGUCUUACGAUUGCCGUCGAACUGGUUGCCAAGCCUCAGCUCCUCCUCUUUCUGGAUGAACCUACUUCGGGUCUGGACAGUCAAACAUCAUGGUCUAUUUGUGAUCUCAUGGAGAAGCUUACCAAACACGGUCAAGCUAUUUUGUGUACCAUCCACCAACCUUCGGCCAUGCUGUUUCAGCGAUUUGAUCGUCUCUUGUUCCUCGCCAAAGGAGGAAGGACUGUCUACUUUGGUGAAAUUGGCAAGAACUCGUCUACCCUGACAAACUAUUUCGAGAAAAAUGGCGCCUCGCCCUGCCCGCCUACGGCAAACCCUGCUGAAUGGAUGUUGGAAGUUAUCGGCGCAGCACCGGGUUCACACAGCGAUGUUGAUUGGCCCGUGGUCUGGAACGAGAGCCCAGAGCAUGCUGAUGUUAAGCGCCAACUUGCUGAGAUGAAGGAAGAGCUCCCAAAGACUGCUUCGCCUGUUUUUUCGACGUCUGACAAGCUCAGCUAUCGGGAGUUUGCUGCUCCUUUCUCGGAGCAAUUCAUGGAAUGCAGUAAACGUGUGUUUUCUCAGUACUGGAGGACUCCCAACUACAUUUACUCGAAGCUCGCUCUAUGUAUUUUCACCGCUCUUUUUAUUGGUUUCUCAUUCUUCAAUGCCCCAAACAGCAUGCAAGGAUUGCAAAACCAAAUGUUCGCCAUUUUCAUGUUGAUGACCAUUUUCGGUAAUCUGGUUCAGCAGAUCAUGCCACAUUUUGUCACUCAGCGCGCGCUUUAUGAAGCUCGUGAACGGCCAGCCAAGUGCUAUUCAUGGAAAGCCUUUAUGCUCUCCAAUAUUCUUGUUGAGUUGCCCUGGCAAACUCUCAUGGCUGUUAUCAUGUUCUUCUGUUGGUAUUAUCCGAUUGGCAUGUAUCGCAACGCAAUCCCUACGCAUGCCGUCCACGAACGCGGGGCUCUGAUGUUCCUCUACAUCUGGGUGUUCCUCUUGUUUACCUCGACUUUUACACACAUGAUUGUCGCUGGUAUUGAGCUUGCCGAAACCGCAGGAAAUGUCGCUCAGCUUCUAUUCUCAUUGACUUUGAUCUUUUGCGGUGUUCUUGCUGGUCCAACAGUUCUUCCUGGUUUCUGGAUCUUCAUGUAUCGCGUCUCCCCGUUUACCUAUAUGGUGAGCGGCAUUUUAUCAACUGGUGUGGGCAACACGAAAGUCGUGUGCUCAGACAUUGAACUGGUUCACUUUGAACCCCUUUCGGGUCAAAGUUGUGGCCAGUACAUGAAAGAUUACAUUCGCGGUUUUGGCGGAUAUCUGACGAACCCAGACGCGACGAGCGGCUGCAAUUUCUGCCAGGUUUCCGAAACAAACAUUUUCUUGAAGCAGGUCAGCUCCGACUUUAGCGAUCGUUGGAGGAACUUUGGCCUCAUGUGGGUCUAUGUUAUCUUCAACAUUGCCGCCGCCCUCUUCCUCUACUGGCUUGCCCGUGUGCCCAAGAAGUCCCGGGGCAAGAAGAAGGAGGAAUGAAGUGGUGGAUUGGAGUUUUUUUUUUUUUUUUUUUUUUUUUUU